CUCCGCCUCCAGCAGGAACCUGGACUGUGCAGACGUGUUCUGGGUCUCCGAGCCGGACUUGGCCGACGGCAGCAAUGUUGCAUUCGCACAAAGGAAGGAGGACUGAGGUGACAUCGCCUCUGUGCUGCUUCAGCCAAUCAGAACCUCUCCUCCUCCUGAUGACCUGUUUGUCACCUGGAUUAAUCCACAGCUGCUGAUCCAGUUCCAGUCUGUCCUGUGCCUGGUUUGGAUCAGGACCGCAUCAUCUGUGCUGACCUGCCCUCCAUUCAGGACUCGUCCAGAGUCAGGAAACAUCACUGCAGAUCCAUCACAUCCUGGACUCAACCUGUCCCCCCUCCUCCUGACAACAGUUUCUACCCGCAGGCCGGCAAAUGAACACCAGGCACGCGGUGUCAGAACAGCCCUGUGACACAGACCCGGUCCUGAACCCUACCUCAAGCUUCUAUGGUUUCCUUAAAUAUUCUGUACCGUGUCCUGCAGUCGUCUGUCGAUCUGUCGUGGCUGAAGGUUCAAAUGCAGCUUUCAGCAAAACGCAGUUUCCCUCUGAAGGCGUCGACCAGACGUUUACCUGAAAGAACCAAACCUGAGUCGUCUUCUCUGAGCUCCAUCCUGCUGCAGAGUCUCCAGACUACAAAACAAACAAAGUUUGAAGUCGUCCCCUCAUCAUGUCAGACUCCUGCAGAACUGUGGACAAUGCGAGGGUCGCAUUUCAGUCCUGUAAAAGUCCUGAUCCAAAACAUCGAGUUCAGUUCUACGACAGCUGGGUAGAAAACUAUGAAAAGGAUCACUCCCUGAUGGACUACAAAGCACCAGACCUGGCAGUAAACUUCCUGUCUGAUAACUUCUCUGGGAGUCCUGAAGAAGCUCUGGUUCUGGACGUCGCCUGUGGGUCUGGAUGGGUUGCUAAACUGAUGGUUGAACUGGGCUUCAGGCACUUUGUGGGAGUGGACGGCAGUAAAGGCAUGCUGGAACAAGCUGCUAAGACCGGCCUCUAUCAGGACCUCAGACAGGCCUUACUGGGAACACAACCACUGCCUGCACAGACUGGUAUGUUUGAUGUGGUGAUCAUCGUCGGUGCUCUGGAUGCUGGUUUUGUACCGGUCAGUGUUGUCAGGGAGCUCUGCCACGCCGCCAAACCAGGAGGUUUUGUCUGCAUGGCGAGAGGUGACCACACAGGAACACCAGCAAACAAAUACAAGGAGGAUCUGGAGAGAGAGCUGCAGCUGAUGGAGGAGGAGGGACUGUGGAGUCCAGUAGGACUCAAACUGACAGACAGAUACAUGCAAGACCCACAUCUGAAUACUGAGAGAGACAGGAAGGACCUGCAGGAGGAGCGAUACAUCAGCGGGACUGUGUAUCUGUACAAGAAAUCCACCAAUCCAUCCAUUAAAACCAAUUAUUAAUCAUACUUGCAUUACAGAAGUGAUGGCAAAAUUCAACAGAAAAUAAGAGUAUCGAAAAAAUGUUGUUACAAAAAACCUGCCAUUCAUAAUGCAAUGUAACAUGUCAAUAUUAAACAUUUCUCAACACGUUAAA